AUGACGCGUGAUGAACGAGCUGUGUUGGUGGAUUUGGAGGAUGGGGGAGUCCUUGGGGUUCUGGGGGAAGAGGGCGAAGCGACUGAGCUGCGUUGUGAAUCGACGGCACUCAACGGCGAGUUGAUUGCGCGUGGGUAUGCUGACGGGACGGUUCGGCUUGGAUCGGUUGAGUUUAAGACUCGUUUGUUGAGUGAAGACUCAGAUGAAGGGGUUGGGUACAGCGAAGAACUUGCGGAUGGUCGCUUCCGUCGUGUGCUGGUUGAGGAAGAAUUCGGGGACCCCUUAAAGCUCAAAGCGGGGAGCGGAGCGGUUGAACUGGUGGAUUAUCAGAUUGAUCCGACAGGGAAGACGACACUCGCGGCGUUGCGUGAAGAUGGAACGGUUGUGGUGAGUAGCGUGCGGACGAUCCGGCCAUUGGGUGGCGGAAAGGCGCGGACUCGGCUGAAAGAAACCUCAUUUGAGCUCGACGGGGAUGGAGAUCCGCUUGCACUCAAGAUCUCGGCGGAUGGGGAUCAGGUAUUCGUUGUAUUCAGUGACGGCGGGAUGGAUCGAUACGCUCGGGGGGAUGAUGGAUUCGUCAUGCGUGAGCGUGUCGAGAUGCUCAAUGGGAAACAUCGUGUCUCGGUCGUCGAGAUGGUGUUGGGCGGGCAGACGGUCCUUGUUGGGGAUACCAACGGCAAGGUUCAGUCAUGGCAUGUGUCGCUCGAUCAGCAGGAUCGUUUUGGGGAUGGGCGGAUGCUUGUGCGAUCGCACAAGUUCGGUCGGAGCGGCGCGGAGAUUGUCGAUCUGACUCCGAGUGGGAGAGAUCGGACGAUCGGUGUGCUGUAUGACGAUGGGGUGGUGAUGCUGCGUCACCUUACCAGUGAAAAGACUGUCGUGCGUAAGGUGAGUGAAGUUGAGAGUGCUGGCGCGAUCACGAUCGGCCCAAAGAAUGAUGCCGUGCUCAUCGCGGGGGAUGGUGCGUUCGAGUUGCUCAGGUACGAGGCGGGGUAUCCGGAGUUCAGUAUCAAGGCGCUGUUCGGGCGCGUUGCGUAUGAGGGGCUCGCGGAACCAGAGUUUGUGUAUCAGUCGUCAUCGGGCGAUGACUCAUCUGAGGUGAAGCUGAGCAUCAUGCCUUUGAUAUUCGGUACGCUCAAGGCGACGGUGUUCGCGAUGCUGUUCGCGAUUCCGGUUGCGGUUUUUGCGGCGUUGUACUCCAGUGAGUUCUUGUCCAAGCGUGUUCGGAAAGUUGUGAAACCGACAGUUGAGUUGAUGGCGAGUCUGCCUUCGGUGGUGCUUGGGUUUGUUGCGGCUAUGGUGGUAGCGCCAUUUGUUGCUGAUGCGCUUGGACCGUUCUUGGUGGGGAUGUUUGUGCUCCCGAUCGGUGUGUUGUUUGGGGCGCAUGUUUGGCAGUUGGUGCCGUUGUCAACACGAUUGCGAAUGCGGACGGGGCAACAUCUGGCAAUGGUGUGUGGUGUAUUACUGCUGAGUAUCGCUGGUGCGUGGUUCGCGGGACCGACGAUUGUGAGUGUUGGGUUCUCGCCGGAUUCGUUUGAUCGUGCUUUGCUCAGUGGAUCGGUCAUACCUGUCGAGGCGGAUCGUGUUCCUGAGUGGUCCGAAGAUGCUGCGUACUCUAUGGCGACACAGCGAAAGCUCCGCGCGAUGGGGAUGGGGGUCGUUGAUGGCGAGAUCGUUGAGCGUGAUCCGAGCGUGUCGGUUUCCGAUAUGAGUGGCGGGGCGCUCGAAGGGGCUGAUUUGCGUCGAUGGCUCAAUGGUGAGUAUGGGACGGCAACACCUGGAUGGGUGUUGUCGGUGUUUCCUUUAUGCGCGAUCGUGGUUUGGAUUGUGCAGGUGCUUACUGUUCGGCGAACCAUUGAUGUUUGGCUGUCAGAACAAGGCGUGGGUGUGGUCGGUGUUGUGGUGCUCGCAAAGUUUGUGGCUCUGACACUGCUCAGUUUGGGGCUUGCGUAUGUGGUGGGGCGAUCGCUGACGGCUUUCGGUCUUGAUCCGCGUGAUUCGAUCUUUGGGACUUUCAGUCCACGCAACACUUUGGUUGUCGCGGUCAUCAUGGGCUUUGCGGUGAUCCCAAUUAUCUUCACGAUUUCAGAGGAUGCUUUGCAGGCGGUUCCAGAUAUGCUCCGCUCGGCGUCACUUGGCGCUGGCGCGACGCGAUGGCAGACAGCGAUGCGUGUUGUGCUCCCGGUUGCGGGGUCGGGUAUUUUCUCGGCGUGCAUGAUCGGGUUCGGUCGUGCGGUUGGGGAGACGAUGAUCGUGCUGAUGGCGACAGGGAAUACGCCUGAGAUGACAUGGAAUAUUUUCUCGGGGUUCAGAACAUUGGCGGCGAAUAUCGCGGUGGAGCUCCCUGAAGCUCCGAAGGACGAGACCCAUUAUCGCGUGCUGUUCUUGUGUGGAUUUGUGUUGUUUGUGAUGACCUUUGUGAUCAACACGAGCGCCGAGGUGGAAUGCCGGGCUGUGAGUGGUGAUCGACAAGAAUCCGGUGAAGGUGGUGCGAAGGUGGCUCGCCGUCGGACUCUGCCGAGUGCAGUGGGUGAGCCGAUGGUGUGGCUGACUGGUUCGGCGCUGGUGCUGUGUCUCUUGAUGAUUGUGACACUCGCGACCCUUGUGGUGGUUAAUGGGCUUCGAACAUUCUGGCCUGGCGAUAUCGAUCGUGUGACGCUUGAUAGCGGCGAGGUCGUGAUGGGCAUCCGCACGGCUGAAGAUAAACAGGGGCGGUAUCUGUAUCGCGUGGGAAAUCGUGAUAUUGGACAGGAAUCGUUCCGCUGGAUCGAUGGCGACAAGAUCGCGCAGGUCGAGCAGCCUGAACACGCUGUUAUGCUCGAGCGUGAGGCGUGGGGUGUGUGGUUUGGGAUGCCUGAGUCUGUUUCCAUGGAAGCGGAUGAUGGAUCACUCACCGCCUUGAGUGAGGGUGCUGCUGAGACGCUUGACCAGUUUGCAUCGCUGCAUCCUGAUGCACGAGGUCAGCGAGCGAAGGCAGAGUCGAUGCGCAAGCGAGAACUCGGGAAGAUCAAUCACGGUAUCGAGCAUGCGCGACUCCGGAUCGCAGGUGCGGAGAUGGGGGUUGAUCUGAGAGCGAAUGCGAGCGAUCGAUUGGGGUGGUUGAGUUGGUCGGCCGUCUUGGUUGUUGUGGUGCUUGCAGGGUUCGUUUGGUGGGUGCGGCGUGAGGUGGGUGUGGGAAUUGGCUCCUCUGGCGUGCGUCAAGGUAAGCUCACUCGAUUUGGAUGCGCACUGAUCGUGGUCUUUGGACUCGUAGGGCUCUGGGUUGGAGCUCCCUGGCGGACGCAAGGUGUGACUGCCGCUGAGCGAGAUGUGAUCGUUGCUCAGAUGGAACAUGAGCAGGAACAGUUGCAGGCUGAGUACGAGCGUGUGCUUGCAGAGAUCCGUAUGAGCGAAGAGCAGGACAGCAAAUUGCGAUUGGUUGUUGUUGAACCAACUACUGAUCGAUUUGCACCGAUUGCGCAGACGCGUGGUGAUGAGCCGAUGAUGUUGAGCCAGGUGGUACGGCUCAUUCCUGCGAAUCAGUUGUCAGUGGUUGGUAAGACGAAGGUCUUCUUCAGUCGAUGGUGGGAGUUCUUGUCGUCGGGACCGCGCGAAGCGAAUACUGAGGGUGGGGUGUAUCCGGUGAUCGUGGGUACUGUGCUCAUGACGCUGUUGCUCACAGUGUUCGUUACGCCUUUAGGAGUGAUCGCGGCGUUGUAUCUGCGUGAAUAUGCGAAACAAGGGUUUGGGACGAGUGUAAUCCGUAUCGCGGUGAACAAUCUCGCUGGUGUACCCAGUAUUGUCUAUGGCGUGUUUGGGUUGGGGUUCUUCUGUUACACGGUUGGGCGGUAUGUGGAUACAGGACCUGUUGCAGGAACAUCGCUACAGAGCGGCGUGUGGUGGUUGAUGUUUGGCGCUGCAAUUGUGACGGCGAUAGUUUCUUUUGCGUUUGGAUUGUGGGGGAAACCUGAUCCUGGAUCAACCCCGACGAUUGGGAAUCGUGUGCUUGCUCGCAUGUCGUGGUUGGGUUGGGGGGUGACGGUGGUGCUUGCGGUGAUGGUGCUAUGGCGCACGCCUUACUUCGCGGGAUUCUUUGGAGCGCGUGCUGCUGAGGGGUCGCCUACUUUCGGAGCACGCGGAUUGUUGUGGGCAUCGUUGACGCUGGCGCUGCUGACGCUUCCUGUCGUGAUUGUCGCGACGGAGGAAGCGAUCGCGGCGGUUCCCAACUCGAUGCGCGAGGGGAGCUUUGGGUGCGGGGCGAGUAAGUGGCAGACGAUUCGUCGCAUCGUGCUCCCUGGAGCGCUGCCUGGGAUAUUGACGGGAGCGAUCCUCGCGAUGGCUCGUGGUGCUGGAGAAGUGGCUCCAUUGAUGCUGGUAGGGGCGGUGAAGCUGAAUCAGGACUUGCCUGUCUCGACGACGGCACCGUUCUUGCAUGCGGAUCGGAGCUUUAUGCAUCUUGGAUUCCAUAUUUACGAUCUGGGCUUCCAGAUUACGCGGCCGGAUGACGGGAGCAGCGAUAUGAUCGAGGCGAUGUCAGAAAAACGUUCGUCAACCAAGAGUGCUGUUGAGGUCAAAGCGCCGGAGGCUCCCGCUUCGACGGCACCUUCACCGGUGGUUCCAGGAGGGAUGGGUGGAGAGCCGGCGCAUUAUGAUGUGAUUGAUGCGAUCCGGCGGGGUGAGUCGGUUGAGCCGACGGUGCACGAAUCGAUGUCCGAAGCGGAUGCGGUGAUCCAAUCGGAUGACUUCAAGCUUUGGUAUGGGGAUUCGCAAGCAAUCCAUGGGAUCUCGAUGGGGGUUCCUCGCGGUGCGGUGACGGCGUUGAUCGGUCCUUCGGGGUGCGGGAAGUCGACCUUUCUGCGCUCAAUCAAUCGCAUGAAUGAUUUGGUUGAAGGCGUCCGUGUCGAGGGUGGGAUCACACUCAAUGGAUCUCCGGUGUAUGAGCCGACGGUGGAUGUGAUUGAGCUGCGUAAGCGUCUUGGGAUGGUGUUCCAAAAACCCAAUCCAUUCCCGAUGUCGAUCUUUGAGAAUGUCGUGUAUCCGCUGAGGAUUGAUGGGGAACGACGCAAGAGCGUGCUUCAAGAGGCGUGUGAGCGGAGUCUGAAGUCAGCGGCUUUGUGGGACGAGGUCAAAGAUCGUCUGAAAGAAUCGGCAUUGGGUCUCUCUGGUGGUCAGCAGCAGCGUUUGUGUAUUGCACGUGCUGUGGUCGCAGAUCCUGAGGUGUUGCUGCUUGAUGAGCCUUGCUCAGCGCUGGAUCCGGUGGCGACGAUCCGAAUCGAGGAGCUGAUCUCGGAGAUCUCGGAGCGUUACACGGUGCUGAUCGUGACCCACAACAUGCAGCAGGCGGCUCGGGUAUCGGACUACACAGCGUUCAUGUAUCUGGGACGGCUCGUGGAGUAUGGUCCGACUGGAGAUAUCUUCCAAAAUCCGAAGCUGAUCGAGACGGCUCAUUAUGUUUCGGGUCGAUUUGGAUGA